UCCCGUCAGCGCAGUAAGCUUAUCUCUGUGAUUUGAACAGUGAAAAAUUAAAUUACAAAAACGAAAAAAUCAAGAUGGAGGGAAAACUUCGUCCACUCACGGCAAACAACAAGCCAUUUGUCUUUGGAGGCAUUUACCGCACAAAGUGAAAGUGUGUGUAUUCAUUACAAUUGUGAACUCAUUUGCAAUAGCCACUAAAAGCGGGUUAAUCGAAAGUGCAGAGUCUGCACUGCAGAUCGUUGUCCGAAUUCCACCAGCAUCCACAAUGCACCCUCCAGCCCACCCCCAGCUUUCCCUCUUCCAUUGCAUUUGUAUCCCACCCAUUUGGUCAUUGCACUCAUUCCCCUCCGUUCGUGCUUUCGAUCAACCAGAGAUGGCUAGCACUGCGAUAGUUUCACGCUGGACUUGCGGUUAUCGCUAACUUUUAUGGCUAAUGAAAAUGGAUUCACCCAAAAUUGUAACUAAAAUUAUUAGUUUUGCGUCAGAUAGCAAUCCCCAUUCACUCCACCGAAAGUGCCCGAAACGAGCCGGCGACCAUGAGCUCAGCCGAUGACCGAAGGAUCCCCAUAACUAUACUAUUCCAAGUCCAAAAUGAAUUCGUGUUUGAUUUGUUUCGUACUUAAAUAGAAAGAAAAAAUUUAACUUAUUUUAGAAUUGUGUAACUUAUGGAGCACUAGUCAUUAAAAAUUACUCUAUUUUUGCAUAUCGGAGAAAAUUGUAUUAGAAUUAGAAUUUGAUUUUCUCGAACCUCGCUGCAACAGAAUACAUUAGCGAAAAAUUAACUCACCAUAAGACUGCAUUUAUUUGUUAAUCGGACUUUGGUGUUUUUAACCCCUUAAAAUGAAUGAGGGAAUUGUUACCCUACCCUAGAUCCACAGUCGCUGGGCAGGUGGCUCCGCUGGUGCAGAGUUUCGUUUCGGGGCACUUGGGUCGCAGGAAUGGCCAUGGCUAUUUCCUGAACUAUGGUUUUAAGUUGACCAGCCGACCACCCUGACGCUUCCGGAAUCCCAAUGCCACCGUCAAGCCUUUGAUCCAAAUGCCGUUGCAGGCCGCCAAUGUCCAGGAGCAGCAGUCUCCUCCGGUGGCUUCAUAUCCGACACCGGCCACUCCGGUGGCUGUUCAGCAGCCAUCGACUCCUGUCCCCGUUCAAGUGCCGAACUCGUCCGUCCAACAGCAAAAUCCGGAUGUGGACGCCAUCGCCUCGAAGCUGGCCUUGCCAGUUAUCAUCAAGGAGGAGCCGAUCUCUGUCGACGAUGAACCGUCCGUCGACAUUAUAGAGGACAAUACCAGUGCCAGCGGCAUCGGGGGCAAGAUCCCAUUUAAAAAGAUCUUCCAAAAGCGGAAGAAGUCGUCUGAACGCACUCGGGACAAGAAGCUGCGACGGAAUCGCCAGCUGCGCAAGUCCAUGCUCCCCAAAAACGCUCUGAUGGCCCUCAACGAGGUUAAGGGCGUGACCAUCAGCGAUUUCACCAUCGACUUCAAUACCGACGGGGGAUUCACGGCCGUUGUCACUGUGAACUCGACUCAGUACGUGGGCAAGGGUACCUCAAAGAUGACAGCCAAGAACGCGGCCUGCGAGAAGGCUUGGCGCGAUUUUAUAAUUGCGAAGAUGACGCCUAAGCCUCCCCGUAUUCACCAGGUGGAGAUAGGUGCGGAGCCAAUAGACACUAACGAGGAUGAGGCCGAUGCACCGGAUGAUGAUCUGCCCAUGUUGAAUCUGGCUUCGUUUGCCAUCUACAAGCUCUUCACGGAGUGGGAGCGCGAGGGCUAUGUCGUACCCGAGAUGCACCCUUCGGCCAAUGCUGCCCAGCAGGCCGGAGGGGAUGCCGGAACUCCAGUUCCCGCCGCGCCCAAGGAACCAAAGAAGCCGCCAGUGCGUACGGAGCUACCCUCUGGCUGGGAGACCAUGCACCCGGCGACCAUUCUUUGCAUUAUGCGCCCGGGACUCAGCUACUCGGACUACGGGUCAUCUGGCGACAAUACCACCGGCAUGCAGCAUCUGGGAAUCACGGUGGACAACCAGGAAUUCCACGCCCACGGCAGAUCCAAGAAGAUCGCCCGUCUCAACGUGGCCGUGAAAGUGUGCAACUCUCUGUUCGGCACAAACUUCGCCUACGGCGACACCGCUUAAGACACCAACUCCAACCGCAGACUCCAACUGCCGACAGCAACACACCUCGCCAACACGCCUCUCUUAAUUAUAAUGUAUACAAUUGUACCGUGGA